AUGGAUGUCGCUUCUCCCCGGGGCAUCUCUUCACCUCCUCCAUAUUAUACUAAACCCAUCUGUUCAUCACAGUCAUCUUUGAUUAGGAUUCCGAUCAGUAAAGGUUGUUGCUUUACUCGUUCUUCGAACUUGGUUACUUCCCUUCAUGCUGCUCCGAGAGGAAGGGAAACAAAGCGUACUAGUAGUGUAGAAUGGUGUAAGAGCUCUAUUAGAUGUGACCCUUUCAAAGUUAAUGAUAAGAAGUCAAGGAGAUUAAGUGAAUUAGCAAGAACUGUUACUGUAAAAUCAGAUCUUUCAGGAGCUGUAACACCUGAAUCUACUUAUCCAGAACCAGAGAUUAAGUUGAGCUCAAGACUCAGAGGGAUAUGUUUCUGUCUCAACGCUGCCGUUUCCGCUCUUGUUCUCAUCGUCUUGAUGAUCAUUGGCCAUCCUUUUGUGCUUCUCUUUGACCGUUACAGGAGGAAGUUCCAUCACUUCAUUGCUAAACUCUGGGCUUCUAUAAGCAUCUACCCUUUUUACAGAAUCAACAUUGAAGGUUUGGAGAAUCUGCCGUCAUCAGACACUGCUGCUGUGUAUGUCUCAAACCACCAGAGCUUUUUGGAUAUAUACACACUUUUAAGCCUUGGCCAAAGCUAUAAGUUCAUCAGCAAGACAGGGAUAUUUGUGAUUCCUGUUAUUGGUUGGGCUAUGUCUAUGAUGGGUGUUGUUCCCUUGAAGAGGAUGGAUCCAAGAAGCCAAGUGGAUUGCUUGAAAAGAUGUAUGGAGCUAGUGAAGAAAGGAGCAUCUGUGUUUUUCUUCCCGGAAGGAACGAGGAGUAAAGAUGGUCGGUUAGGUCCUUUCAAGAAAGGGGCGUUUACGGUAGCUGCUAAGACAGGAGUUCCAGUGGUUCCAAUAACGUUGAUGGGGACAGGGAAGAUCAUGCCAACGGGUAGUGAAGGUAUACUGAAUCAUGGGGAUGUGAGAGUGAUCAUCCACAAGCCUAUAUAUGGAAGCAAAGCUGAUGUUCUUUGUGAGGAGGCUAGAAACAAGAUAGCCGAGUCUAUGAAUCUUUUGAGCUGA